AUGGCUCUAGUCGUCGACCCAAACCUCGAAAUGGUACCAGAUUUUGCUGGUAAUCUGUACGCAGGCAUUCGCGCAGACCUCGGAGCUGCCACAAACCAGACCGGAGAAGAAGUCGUAGCCCGUCUCACGGAGACAUGGAACGCAGACCACAACGCAAGAGUAGUGGAAUGGAACCAAGACCGAGAAGCAGAAGCUAGAGUCCUUGCAGAAGCAGAAAGGGCACGAACCGCGCAGGAGAAUGAAGAGCGCACCCAGCGGGAAGCUGAAACAGAGAGGGAGCGGACAGAAGCUGAAAAGAAGAAGCCAAAGAUGAACGGCUUUGAGCACGCAUCAUCCGUAGGAGAUUACCUGACUCCCCGUCCCGCUCAAUACGCAAUUCAGAAACUCACCAAUUUCGAAUAUGUAGAGCUAUGGUACUUCUCGCCGGAAGGGUGCAAAGACGCCCUCAAGUCUUCACGCUCAGUGGCCGACAACGACAUGAGCAUAACUGAGGACAGAUGACCAACUCACGCUACAGCCCACCUCAGCGUUCAAAGCGUCGAAAGCGGCCAUGGCCGACCAUGAGUUAUCAUUCUCGAUUUUCCUCCGAGCAAAGAACUUAUUCCUCAUUCAAAUCAGCAAAGCCAAGUGGCCCCAACCAAACAUCGACGCACUGUCGUUGUUCUUCUG